AUGCAAACCUGUCCAGAGAGAUGGUUUCUUGGUUUGGAACCCUCGGUUUGCUUUCCCUUGCCUUUAGCUCGUGAACUAGCUCGAGCCGGAGCUUUCUUCACCGGAGUAGAUCGCGAGCAGCUUCGGCUUUGGAGAUGGAGUUGUGCUCCUUCUGCUCAGAUCGAAACGGUUGCCGGGAUUGAGUUCGUCGAGAUCUCGUCGUUCUCGAGUAUCGGCGUGUGGAGGAGUGACGAUGGUUUCAUCGGCGUUCAGCGCUUCUCGGCGGUCACCACCGGAGGUGUAGUGACCGCUGCUUCAGUCUCCGUCAGUCGCGGUGGAGCUAGGGUUUCGGCAGAGUUUGCGGGAUCGGCGUCGUCUGUGUUCUCGAGGAAUCUCCGGCUCCUCGGGUUUCUCCGCCGUGGCUUCUUCAUCCGCCAUCGGUUCAUCUUCCGCCGUAGCGAAAGACUCGGCCUCGGGACACUCCUUCAAAGAGAACCAUCUGCCGUCGUUGGAUCACUACUCGUCGGCGGCUUCUCCGAUCAUCGUGAUAAUCGGCGGUGGAGGAUCUUGAAUCGUCGUUUGAGCGGCGGGUUCGUCGAUUUGGACCGGCGUAGAGGCGGAUCCGUCGGUAUGCGUCUCGGAUCGGUCUUGACUUGGACGGAUUCUUCCUUGUCUAGUCGCGGUCACCAUUGA